AUGCCCGGACUGGGCAGCGACGUCCUCAAGGGGAUGCUCCAACCUGUUCAGCAACAAAUCGCCGGCAAGAUGGGCGGAGGAUCAGCGGCCGGGCUGAGUCCCAAAGCGUCGCCGUUGACUUCGCCCGAAAUGAGCCGACGCGAACCAUCCAGCCAUCGAACAAUCAGCGACGGAUUCCAAUCAGAGCCGGAAAUCAGCAGCCGAACUCCGAGAUUUUACGCUCCGCUGGGCAGAUCCAGCGGCGGCGGCGGCGGCGGCGGCGGAGGUCAGAAGACGGCCAUGUCGCGGACAAUGUCGUACGGAAGUCGGGUGUCAUCUGGCGUCGCUCCUCCGCAGCAUCCGCAGCAGCAACAACGAUCGCAGAGUUUCGCGUCGGAUUCGCUCCGCCAGAACCUGGAGCGGAGUCUUUACCUGGACUUUGACGGGCGCGGCGACGCUGGCUCGCCGUCGUCCGACAACAUCCUGUUCGACCACCACCUGUGCUACGCCACGACGCCCAGCUCCAGCAACGGCAACUCGGACAUGGAGGGCAACAAUCCGCUUCCGCCGCCUCCACCAAUGGCCGGCGGGGCCAGAUCCGGUGGAGGUGGAGGAGGAUCAGCUAAUCCGAAUCAGCAGGGAUCGGUGGCCACGUCGCCCACGUCGAGGCUCCUGCUCGAGUACGAGAUGCAUCUGCGCAACACGCUGGCCAAAGGCAUGGACGCCGAGAGCUGCAGCUUGCACACGUUCGAAGCUCUCCUCUCGCAGAGCAUGGAGGAUUUAGCAGGUGGAGGUCCAUCUGGUCCGUCUGGCGUGGGCUCGUCGUCGUCGCGCAGUGUCGAUCGCUCAUCGCGUCUCUGCCGCAGCGAAACGGCUCCCACCAACGCUGGCCACCAGCAGCAGCAGCAGCAACACCACCACAUCCAGCACCAAGGAUCGGAGCCAACCAAUCGCUCCUCUUACUACGGCGUAGGUGGCAGCGGAAGCGGUGGCGGCGGCCCUGAGAUGGAGCGCAGCAUCUAUUCAGAACGCGAUCGAGGCUACCUAAGUGACAUGAGUUCCCGGUGUGUUCUGCCACUUGACUCCCGAUGGAGCUCCUGCAUCCAGUCGUGCGGCGCGGAACGGAAUAAUCCGGCCGGAUCGCCCCCGACAGCCUCGGCCAAACCGUCGGUCGUCCACCAGGAUUUCAUCCGCUACGGAAAUCACCAACGGAGGCCGUCGGAGACGUCGGUGACGGCGGCGCUGAUGAUGGCCCAGCAAGCGGCCGCCGAGGUAGAGACGGCCGGCGGCCCGGCUCAAUCUUACUACACCACUUGGACGACUCUUCCGUCGUCGUCGUCGUCGGUCAAAUCGGUCCGGUUCGGUCAGCAACAAGCCCUGCAACAACAGCAACAACAACAACAACAACAACAGCUCAGCAAACCGAACGUGGAGCCGGAACGGCCCGGCCAAGAGAAGGACGCCUUAGCCGAGGCCACGAUCGGUCUCGAGAUUGCGGCCAAUUUGGCGUUGGCUUUCGCCCGAGAUGGCCAGCCACCGCAUUCAUCUCACCAUCCAGCCAAUGCAUCGUCGUCUGCCUGCCGACCGGUGCGAUCGAUGCCUUCGACGACGGCCUCGCCUCGUCGCCACAUUCAGCCGGGCGAAACCGCCGCCGCCGCUCCGGCGACCGUGCGGACGACGGGCCACCAACAGGAAGUGACGCUGUCGGAAUUCUAUCAGCUGUUACAAUUUGUUAGCGGACAAGCCCGUGGCGGAUUGGGCGGCGGUCCCGUUGGCGGCAACGUCGGCAUCGUCAGCAGCGAUCCGCCUCUUCUCCUUCGUCCGUCUCCUCCAGUUUCAAGUGCCUUAAACGCCGACUCGGCAACAACAGCGACAACAACAGCGACAACAACAGCGACAACAACAGCAACAACAACCAAAAUGCCGACAACAGCCUCCGUCGGCAGUUCGACGACGUCAACUCCAUUGCCUCCUCCGUCUUCGCACUCGGCACUUCCGCCCGGUUAUUUGACAGCCCGUUCAUUCCGUCAAUCAACCACGUCCAGCAACGGCAGCAACAACAACAACAACUCGGCCGCCGCCACGACGACGACGAUUACGCUGGCCAAAAGACCGACGUCUCACAACCACGACGACCCGGGGGCCCUGGGGGUCGAUCCGGGCGUUCGAUCCGACCGGAGUAGCAUCACGACCCACCGCUCCCAUUCGGUUCAAGUCAAUUAUGACAAUUACUUGAUCCAGUCCAAUCACCAAACUCAGCGGCAGCCUCCGCCGCCCGUCGCUGUCGCCGGCGUCGAACAACCUCUUCUUCCUCCGCCGACGUCGACGUCGACGUCGUCCUCGUCCAAUCACGCGCUAAAAACGCGAAGUCUUCCGUGA